AUGAGCAGACGAAAAAUGGCGGAGAAAGAAACACGUGAGGCUAAAAAGCCUAAAAAUUCAAUCAUGAAGGAUAUUUUCGACGGUCCUGCUCCUUUAUCGAAACAUGCUGUGAAUAGAUAUGCUAGAGGUCAUGAAGUUGAUGAAAAAUCGGUUCGAACCAAAUACAGAAAGGCGGAAAUCAUAAGCAAUGAGAAGAAAAUUUACUCAGCAAUGAAAGAUGCUGCAAGGGCAGAAAUGCUUUUAAAUGAACAAGCAGGGUUUUUAGAAGCCGAUGAAGGAGAACACACUAGCCAAUAUACUCAAGAUGAUAUCACUAAAGUAGUCGAUGUACAAAGUCAACAGAAAUAUUUUGAAGUAAAAUUAGAGAAUUUCGGUCCGUAUAGAAUAAAUUAUACGAGAAAUGGUCGAUUCAUUUUAUUGGGUGGCGAAAAAGGGCAUGUAGCUGCUUUUGAUUGGCAAACUAAACAACUAACUUGUGAAAUGAACGUCAUGGAAACUGUUAAUGACAUUCAAUGGUUACAUACUGAGAAUAUGUUUGCUGUUGCACAGCGUUUGUGGACUUAUAUAUAUGACAAUCAAGGAAUCGAGAUACAUUGUUUAAAAGCUCUGGAUCGUGUUUUACGACUAGAAUUUCUCCCUUAUCACUUUCUUUUGGUGUCAGCAAAUGAAAAAAGCUACUUAUCCUACAUAGAUAUAUCUAUCGGAAAAAAAGUUGCUGGAUUUCCAACAGCUUACGGAAGAUUAGAUGUCAUGACUCAGAAUCCUUACAAUGCUAUAACUUUAUUAGGCCAUAGUGGGGGAACUGUAUCAAUGUGGUCACCAAAUGUUAAGCAACCCUUGGUAAAAAUGCUUUGUCAUCGAUCGGCAACUAGAUGUAUAUCAGUGGAGCAGAGUGGCCAAUAUAUGGCAACGUCUGGAAUCGAUGGUAAGGUCAAGAUAUGGGAUCUGAGAACUUAUAAGCUGCUACACUCUUACAAAGUCGGUUCUCCUGUUUACGACUUAUCCUUUAGUCAACGUAAUUUAUUGGCCGCCGCUGUCGGAGACGUCGUUCACAUAUAUAAAGACUCUCUUUCAAAAGAAAUCGAUGCUCCUUACAUGUGCCAAAGAUCACCUGGCUUUAUUCGUAAUAUAGAUUUUUGCCCUUUCGAAGAUGUUCUGGGUGUGGGACACUCGACUGGCUUUUCUAGUUAUUUAGUUCCAGGAGCUGGUGAGCCAAAUUUCGAUGCGCUCGAGGCAAAUCCUUAUCAGACUAAAAAACAACGCCGUCAGGCGGAAGUGAAGAUGCUUUUGGAUAAGAUCCAACCAGACUUAAUAAAUUUGGAUACGGCAGUUUUGGGAAAAGUUGACAGAAAAUCGGCUCAGGAUAUUUUAGAAGAAAAAAAGAAAUUACUGUAUCUUAAGCCUGAAAAAGUCGAUUUCGUUCCACGAUAUAAGAAAAAAGGCGGAAGUAAAACAGGAAAAAUCGAAAAGAGGAAAAAGGGUGUUCUGUGGGAGGACAAGCGUAAUCAAUUGAAAGAACGUCUAUUAAAGAAAAAGCUGAAGCUUAAAAAUAAUCAAACAAAAAAAUUAAAGAAAAAAAUACUUAAAGAAAGCAAAGUGGAUACAAGGACUUCAAAAAUACUAGACAGGUUCCAAAAGAAAGAUAGUUAA